UAGGUAAAAAAUAGAAUUUACUUAUGAUAUCAUAAUGGAUGACACAAUUCCAUCCAAGGAACUCUUUAAUUUGAAGAAAAAGUAUAGCUUUGUUGAAAAUCAAUUAGUUUCAUCUGAACAAUCAAAUGAUGCACUGCAACAUCAAAUUGAAAAUCUCCAAGCUCAAUUGAAGGAAAAAACUCGGGAAAAUGAGAUUUUACAACAGCAAAACUACAGUAUUGGGCUCAAGCUUUCUUCCACAGAACAAACUCUAGAGUUUUGUACAGCAGAGCUUGAGAACGCCCAUGACCAGCUAAGCAAGCAGGCAGCUAAGAUUGCAACUGAACUAAGCAGUCAGCAUAACAGUGUCGUGGCUGCACUGAAGAAAGAAAUAUGCUUAUUGGAAGAGCGGCAGGAGGCGGCUGAAGUGACGGAGAAGCAGCUGAACGAACAACUUGCUCUUGCCCAGCAGCAGCUCGGGGAGCUGAAAGAAGCUCUCACGCAGGCAGCUGAUGUCAGCUGCACUAGGGAUGAUACUGACGUUCUCAACCAGAUCGCAGCACUGACGUGUGAGAAGCAGGAGCUGCAGCAGCUGCUCACUAGCUUGUCUGGUGAGCGUGAGCGCAGUGAGCAGCAACUGCUCACCGCGCAGCAGAGUUUGCUGCUCCUCCAGCAGCAGCUCGAACAAAAAGAGUGUCAGCUGACCUCUCAAAGCAACCACGUUGAACGAUUGAAGAACGAAAUUCUGGAGCUGCAACAAGAACUGGAGCUGUGCAAAAUGAACGAGAAAGAUCCUGCAGCAAAAGGGAAUUCAUUGUUUGCUGAAGUGGUGGACCAGCGGCAGUACCUGGAGCAGCAAUACAACAAACUGCAAGCAAAUUACGCCAUCGCUAACAAACAGUACAAACUCAAGUGUCAGCAAGUUACUCAGCUCAAGUUGCAGGUAGCGACGCUGCUAGCCUCGUCCAGUCGAGGCCAAGAAGGAGAGUACGUCUCACAUCUCAACGAGAGCCUCGCCACAGCCAAGGCUCACAUCAGCGCCCUGCAGCGCCAGCUCGCCGAGAUGUCCGACAGACUCGACGCCCAGAGAGACCGGCCCCUGGUGAUCAACUGUCAGCCCGGAGGAUGUGCCACGCGCAGCACCUUCUACCAGCGCACGCUGGAGGCCAACAAGAAGGAACUGAUGGCAGCGCAACAAAGUCUGCGAGAGCAGCAAUUCCAGAGCGUGGUGCAGAGCGACAAGAUGCUGCAGCUGCAACACAAGCUGCACGCUGCAGAGAACAAUGCUGCAGUCGCCAGGGCUGAGUGCAUCAAGCUCAGCAUACAGCUGCAUGAUCUGCAGGCUAUUAGGGGCAUAUAUGCUGAACGCGACGUUAAUGAGAUGAAAAUUGAGAAGCUUCCCGGCCAUGUUGACUUCCCGACGCCAAAAACCAGCGAGCCUUCAACCCCUGUUAGAAAUUGUGCCGCGUCAACCCCUACUAUAAAUUCUGCGAUUUCAACCCCUGCUAUAACGUGUGCUGCGUCAACCCCUACUAUAAAUUCUGCGAUUUCAACCCCUGCUAUAACGUGUGCUGCGUCAACCCCUACUAUAAAUUCUGCGAUUUCAACCCCUGCUAUAACGUGUGCCACUUCAACCCCUGCCAUUAAUUGUGUCACCGCUCAGUCGCUGCCGUCGCCCAGGGUUCAAGAAAAUCAUCCCCAAGAGAAAGCUUAUCUCGAGUCACAGGCUGCGGGCGAGACUGAUGACCGCAAUGUUGCGACGCUUGGAACUGAGUUUGCCAGGGUGGAUAGUGACAAAAUAACUCCCGACCAUGUUCUUGUUGAUGCCAAAAAUCGUGGACACCAUCAUCUUCAGUGCCAAAAUUUGACGCCUGACGUUUCAAGUGUCCAAGAAAAGAGAGAGAACCGCUCCUCCAAUGCGAGUCUUAAACCAGUGCACCAGAUACCGAGAUCACACAAUUUACAAGAACCACUAGAAAUUACUAUCAGCAAAACAUCUAGUGUGAAAUCAGCGAGUCCCGAAUGUCCAGCAGCUGACCGUCUCAGCCCUGGCUCCAGAACUAUUCCUGUCAGUACAACCAGCUCUUAUAACUGCAAGAACAGCACCUCUUACAGCACAACCUGCGUUUCUGAAAGAGAAAUAAAUGACUCGGUCCAGAAUGCUGGUACGAUUGAAGCAAAACAUGAUAAUGAGGAAAGAAUAACUGUUGAUGCAAAAUGUGCAGUUAUUGCCUUUGACGCUACAACAAACCAUGAUGUGGAACGACAAAAAGAAAUUAGCGCUCGAUCACAUGUCGUGAACUUGCGGAGCGAGGCAUUGGAUAACUGCAAAGAAGCUGGUAAAGAAAACCUGCCCCCACCCUCGGACGCGUGCAAUGUGCUGCUCUCUUCUGGCCAAAGAAACAAAACAAAGAAGAGCGUCCGAAUGCAGGAAACUGUCGACGUGAAGUUCAGUGAUGGUCAGGAGCUAGCAGACUUGAUGAAGAAACAUGACGGCAGCGGCGAGAAGCUACGCAGACCUGUCAGGAAGAUGCCGCUGAAGCAACCGCAGAUGUCUGACAUGCCCUUAGACUGCAAGCAGCAGUGACAUGCCCUUAGACUGCAAGCAGCAGUGACAUGCCCUUAGACUGCAAGCAGCAGUGACAUGCCCUUAGACUGCAU